AUGCAAGAGAAAGAAACGGUGCUAAUUGGCUUGGGCGAUAACUUUAAGACCGCAGGUGAAGGCGGCGGCGGCGGCGGGGCGCGGAGAUGCGCGCGCGACGCGGCGUCUCCCGCGCACGCGCACGCGCCUGCGCCCGCGCCGGCCGCCAACACCGCGCCCCACGCGCAGCACGCGCAGAGCACGCAGAACGCGCUAAACACGCAGACUGCGCUAAACACGCAGCCCGCGCUAAACACGCAGCCCGCGCAGAGCACGCAGACGGCGCACGUCAAGAGCGAGCGGCUCAGCCCGCACGACUCCACAGCCUCCAGGUCCCGUAGCGUGACGCCGUCCACGUCGUCGUACCCGGGCACGCCGCCCGAGCGGGGCAGCCCGCACGCGGCGCCCCAGCCCCUGCCCCUGCACCCGCCCAGGAACUACUCGGACAUCAUGCGCUCCCUCGCUGCCCGGUACAACACUCACCCGUCCAACGACUACUACCACCGGAUGAACGGGUUCGGCGUGGAACCAAGGGCCGCGCCGCCAUCCCCGGUGCAUUCCGACGCCGCCGAGUCACCCCUGGGCGGGCUGUUCGACAAGCUGACCACCCAGCAGGGCGGGCCGCUGCGCAUGCCCGCCUUUCCGCCCAUGUUCGACAUGAGCUCCACCAAGACUCUGCUGGCGAUAUCGCGAGUGGGCCGCAACGGGAGGUCGCGCCGCAAGAGGCUGGGGCCCGGCGCGGCGGCGGAGCACUCGCCCCUGGACCUCUCGGCGGCGAGCGAGAGCGCGGCCAAGAGGGCGCGGCUCUCAGCCAGCCCCAGCACGCGGAGCGACGACGACAGGGACCGCGCCUCCAACGAGGAUCGGAGCGAAGCGCGGGACUGCCUCUGUGCGGAAGCGCGGGCGCGACUGUCCGCCUGGUCUGUGGACGACGUAUACGAUUUCGUCAGCUCCAUAGAUAUCUGCGCGGAGUACGCGUCGGUGAGUACAAUCGCGCUCAGUAGAGCCCAGACACUGCGCACAGAUAAAUUU